ACGAAUCUGCGCAUGGGGAUUGAUUGCUUUGAGCUACUUACGGAGUAGUGAGUACGGAGAGUAGUAAGUAAGCUUAGUCGGAAUCUGACCAAGCAAGAAGAAGUGGAGAAGGGGAUCACCGUAGUCAGCAUAGUCGCUGCCGUCGAAUGAUUGGAGGGAGUCGCAGAAGGGCUGAGGGCGCCGGUUGAGGAGACUGCAGACCGAAGCGGCUGCAGCGGCGAUGGCGAGGACGGCGAGCAGGCGGAGGAGGUCGUCCCUGGACGGGAAGAGGCCGGGAGGGGGCUCGGCGGCGAUCCUCCGCCUGCUCGGGCCCGGCCGCGGCGGCGGCAUGGAUAGAUGGGGAGAGCUCCUCUCUGCCUGUGCUGGACGGGCCGGGACUGGCUGCGGAGUUGGUUGGUUUGCUGGGCCCAUACGAUGUAAGGCCCACGAAAACAAGAAGAGAAUGGAGGACCAAGCAGGAUUUCAGAUUGAAAUUCGUUCGUACCCACUCAUCAUCGCCGUCCGUGGAGAAGGUAUCGCAGUGAAGUCGGGGCCGGCGGCGAUGCUUGCGUUCGAGGAGCAGGUGGUGGCGGACCUGGUGGAGGACCCCAACGGCGGUCUGGUGGUGCUCUCCUCGGGCCUCCCGCUCGCCUCCCUCGCCGCCGCCCUCCUCCUCCACCUCCACCACCAGCCCCCCGUGGGGGCGGCGGGGGGAGGAUGCAUCCUCCUCCUCUCCGCACCCGACCCCCUCAAGACCCGGAUCCGCCGCCGCCUCCAUCUCCACGACCUCGGUCUCCAGCUCCACGAAGUGGCCCCCGACCUCCCCGCCCAGCAGCGCGCCUCCCUCUACGCCUCCGGCGCCGCGCUCUUCCUCUCCCCUCGCGCCCUCGCCGCUGACCUCCUCACCUCCCGCCUCCUCCCCUCACAGGUCCGGGCCCUCCUCCUCCUCUCCGCCCACCGCUCCUCCGACACCUCCUCCGAUGCCUUCGUCGCCCGCCUCCUCCGCCACCGCCACCUCCUCCCCGUCUACGCCUUCUCCGACCGCCCCCACGCCAUGGUCGCUGGCUUUGCCAAGGCCGAGCGUGCCAUGAAGAGCCUCUACGUCCGCCGCCUCCACCUCUGGCCCCGCUUCCAUGUCCUCGCCGCGGCCGACCUCGAGCACGCCCCGCCCGACGUCGUCGACGUACGCGUCCCCAUGACGCCGCCCAUGAGGGGCAUCCAGGCCGCCGUCCUCGCCGCAAUGGACGCCUGCCUCAAGGAGCUCAGGCGCACCAACAAGGUGGAUGUCGAGGACCUCACUGUCGACAAGGGCCUCUUCAAGUCCUUUGACGAGAUCGUUAGGAGGCAGCUCGACCCCAUUUGGCACACGCUCGGCAAGAAGACAAAGCAGCUCGUCGCCGACCUCAGGACACUACGCAAGCUGCUAGAUUACCUCGUCAGGUAUGAUGCUGUGACAUACUUGAAGUACCUGGACACGCUGAGAGUAUCCGAAGGUGUUCGAUCAGUUUGGAUACUUGCUGACUCAAGCCACAAGAUAUUUGAGCUCGCAAAAAGGCGUGUUUACCAGGUUGUGAGAGCAGACAGUACAAAGGUUAGCACAGAUAACAAGGGCACACCAACAAAGAAGAGGAAAUUGACACACAGUAGUACCAAGAAAGGAAAAGAAGCCGAAAAUGAUGAUUCCACUGCUGCCAAGGAUGACACUUGGAAGGUUAAUGCUGAUGUGGGUAUCGUACUGGAGGAGGUUAUUGAGGAGGCACCAAAAUGGAAAGUGUUAAGGGAAUUGUUGCAAGAGAUAGCAGAAGAACAGACAAAGGGAAAUGGUGAGAAUGCACAAGAUGGAGACACAAAUGAUGAAAGUGGCAUAGUUUUAGUAACAUGCAAAGAUGAGCGCUCAUGCUUGCAGCUGCAAGAAUACAUAUCAAAAGGCUCCCAUCAGGUUAUGUUAGAAGAAUGGGAGAAGUAUUUGCUUGGGAAAGCUGAGCUGCAUGGAUUACAUAAGAAGAACAAGAAAAAAUCUCAGCAACCAAAAGGGUUUGGUCUCCUGGACGGGGAUAUUCAAAUGGGGCCUAGCAAAAGUGCAGGUCCUAUUAGCAUUGGCAAGCUUGAAAUUGAUGCCUUACUUGCAGCUGCCUCUGAAAUAAGAAAUUUAACUAAGGAAGCAGAUGUCAAGGACGAUUCAAAUGUCAGCUGCAGUAAGAGGCGGUUGGUAAAGGGAAAAGGAAAGGGGAAGCCAAAGAAAACCAUGGCAAAGAGACAAGCCAGUAAUAGAAAAAAUAAAAGUAACGGAGGAAAUGAUACUGACCAAGGUACUGAUCUGGAUGCUGAAAGUCAAUCAGGCAAAAUGGAUGAACAGGCCGAGAUUGAUGCUUCUAAGGUGUCUGCAGAUGAUGUUUCAGUGUCAGCCUCCACUGCAGGCGAUGGAUGCAAGUAUUCAUCUGCUUUUGAAGACUUGGCAAAUGGCAAACCACUACCUCCUGUGCAAUUUUAUGCCCUAGACAGUGAACAGCAUGUACUUGAUGUAUGGAAGCCCUCUGUAAUUAUUGUUUAUCAUCCAGAUAUAACCUUUGUUAGAGAAAUUGAAGUAUACAAGGCAGAAAACCCAUCAAGGAAGUUAAAAGUUUACUUCCUAUUUUAUGAAGAUUCCACCGAGGUGCAAAAAUUUGAGUGCAGCAUUCGACGGGAAAAUGAAGCAUUUGAAUCUUUGAUCAGACAGAAGUCCCUAAUGAUGAUACCUGUUGAUCAGGAUGGCAGUUGCAUUGGACCGACUCUCACAAGUGAACCAGAACCUCUUUUAUCUCAGAACUCAAUUACAAGAAAGGCAGGUGGUAGAAAGGUACCAGAGAAUGAGAUGCAGGUCAUUGUAGACAUGAGGGAGUUCAUGAGCAGCCUUCCGAAUGUAUUACACCAGAAAGGUAUUCGAAUAGUACCGGUCACCCUUGAAGUUGGUGACUAUGUUCUUUCUCCUUUGAUCUGUGUUGAACGUAAAAGUAUCGCGGACUUGUUCCAAAGCUUUGCUUCUGGCCGUCUGUACAAUCAGGUUGAGACCAUGGUACGGUAUUACAAGAUCCCAGUUCUUCUGAUAGAGUUCUCACAAGAUAAGAGCUUUUCCUUUCAGUCAGCAAGUGAGAUUGGGGAUGAUGUCUCUCCGACAAACAUAAUCUCAAAGCUUUCAUUGCUAGUCCUGCAUUUUCCUCGGCUUCGCAUAGUCUGGUCUCGCAGCUUGUAUGCUACGGCGGAGAUAUUUAUGUCACUCAAAAGAAACCAGGAUGAACCUGAUGAGAACAAGGCAAUGAGAGUCGGUGUGCCCUCUGAGGAUGGAAUUGUGGAGAAUGAUGUGAGGGCUGAGAAUUACAACACAUCAGCGAUUGAGUUCUUAAGAAGGCUUCCUGGGGUGACAGAUUCGAACUACAGAGCAAUAAUGGAUGGAUGCAGUAGCUUGGCGGAGCUGGCCCUGCUUCCGGUAGAAAGGUUGGCGGAGCUAAUGGGCAGUCAGAAAGGAGCACGCACGCUGAAGGAGUUUCUCGACGCCAAGUGUCCAACUAUGCUGUGACAUGUCCUGCUGAUUGCAUGAAAUUGGCCUGCCAUGUGAGAGUGAGGCUCACAGAAGUGGAAGCUGGUGCAGCGCAGUGAGCAAUUGCUUGGCGACGGGUUGCAUGUGAGAGUGAGGCUCACACAAGCUGCUGAUGCCCCUGUAUAUCGUCAGUUGUCAAUGAACAUGAGGCGAUGCUAGUGUAUUAGAUAGAAACUAUUUACUGGUUUUAUUUGUGUGUGGUAAAUUAGAAUUAGUUGUUGCAUACCGGCUGCAGCUGUGAAUCUUAUGGACAAUUGAACUCACCUUGGUGUGUAGUAUAAUUACGGUAUUUUUUUUUUC